AGUGACGAUGAUCGUGUUAGUUGCUCAUUACCUGCUUUUUUUCAUCUUAAAGAAGGUGGAGGCCUACGAUGUCAUAUUGUCUUCGUUUCCUGAAAGCUGCAAUCGUUCCUCCUACUUUGAUUCGAUAUCACAUAAGUGCAAAGGUUGCGGGGUCUUUCAAAUAUCUUCCGAUGACCGUUUGAGUUGUGAGUGUGGCUUUGGCUACUACCCUGAAUUUAAUGAAAAGUCCAAAGCAAUUGAAUGCUUACGCUGUAACCAAUCAAUUCAGUCAGAAAUGUGUCUAAAAAGCAAUCUCACGUGUGAACCGUACGACAUCAAAGUCCUUCAAAUUACUGGAAAUAUUACCUCCGCACGAUGUCUGAAAUGCCCGCUUUGGCAUCAGCCUGAUGACACAAAAUCUUCGUGCGUUCCUUGUUCGAACAUGUGUCAUUGUCCUAGUGAAUACGAAGAUGUGAACGGAACUUGCGUCAAAGAUUUAUUCACGAUUCCCGAAACACCCACUAUCUUUACAUAUAACUUACACGGGAGACCUUACAUUUCUAAUUAUUUGCGGAAUUGGGUUAGAUUGACGGCAAUUAAAUGCAAGGCACACGGUGGAGGAAAAUACUGCGAACAUCUGAUCAAUCUCUGUGUCUUAACGGAUUACAACUACGAUUCUCAGUCAGCUUGCUCUCUUUAUCGACAAUUAUCUGGAGGCUUUAGCAAUUCAAUAUACUACGACGAUAGUCAAAACGAAUAUCUACUAAACUCCGCCAGGAUAAACAUACUGAAAGAUCAAAAAAUGGAUUUUAUGGUUAAACAAUACGCAUUAGAUGGUACAUAUUUAUUGAUCCAGCCUCUUCAAUCGGUUUUUAAAUCAUUGUGCUGCACUGGAACUUGGAAACCAAUCCAACGAAAUGCCAAUAUUUAUCACAGCUGUUCGGUUUAUUCGAAAGUUUUCAACAUGGCUGAUAUGCGCUUUUAUGAAAUUUAUUUCGUUGAUCGGGCAAUUAAUCAAUCAAGAUUGAUCAACGUUCCAAUAAAAAUAUUGAACCUUGUUCGCGGAGGCGUUCAACGUAAUAGGGAGGAUAAAGAUAUUUCUCGAUGGCAACUCACAAAGAGGUUCUUUAAUUUUGACUCGGCAACUGGAAGUAAUCAAGAAGGAAACACCGACUUCGUCCGAUAUCUAUCUUCUCUUACUAUUAGAAUUUCUGUUAUGUCUGGUGAAAAAUCAUUAGCAUUACGAUUACCUUAUGCAACAAUCAACUACGAAUCUAUUGGUAGCCUUGAGAAUGGAAAUUCACCCGUUAUUCAUUUCGCUGUAAAAAAUACCGUUAGUAUGGAUGAAGCUAUGAAAUCUCUUGAGAUUGCACUGAGCGUGUUGAGCACUUUCGGGGCUCUUUAUGCUUUGAUAAGGAUUGUCGUAUGGUACAUAAGAUCAGAUAAAGCAACAAUUGAUCUUCAGACUCUAAUUCGCUUGUUGGUCUACGGAGCAGACAUAUUGGCCAACGUAAUUUUAAUAGUGAUUUUCUUCAUCACUUUUUACUGGUUUAUGACCUUUCGACAACAAGAGGAAGUGACUGUUAGUCUUCCUGCAAGGCAAGAAGAACAGUUUAUUAAAGACCUUGUCAUUAGUGCUUUCACGUUAAAGACGAUUAGUGUAUUAUGGAUGAUCGGAGAACAAUGUAACGUCGAUAUUUUUCUGAUUGACUGGGAGAGUCCGAGGCCGACGAAAGGCGAAAUAGUUAGCGUAUGGAGGAUGUUCUUUGUUGCUAACGAAUGGAACGAACUUCAAGUAGCGCGUAAAAGCUCUAUAUCCCUACAGGUCAUUCUAGUGUUAUUGACACUCAAGGUCUUCCAGUUUGAGCGAUUUGCUUUAGAAAUUCCAGCUACUUAUUUCAUGGCAGACACGUUUUUAAAUUACAACACAGUGUUGCGCCUAGCGCUUGGUUUGUUCACCUAUCUCUUCUUCAGCCUAGCGCAAAAUAUUUUGAAUGCCGCGCUCUUCGAACGUUACGUUGAGCACAAAAUCCAACGAUUUACUGAUGUCUGUACACUUUCAAACAUAUCAGUUUGGCUUCGAAUUCACUCGCGCUACGGCUUCUACAUUCACGGAAGAUCGCCGCACGGAUUUGCAGACAUCAACAUGCAGACCAUGUGUCAACAAUUACAAAGGGAAGAAGAAAAUCUGUGCGCUCAACGAGGUCUUGUUCAGGGUCAAGACACUCAAACGUUUUCCAUUUUCUUCCACGAGACUCUUUCAGAUAAAUGGAGAAAACUUGUAAAGAAUCAGUCUAGCGGUACCAGCACUGUAUUUUUCAAGCUGAAUGAAUUUUUUACAUCUUUCCUGGAUCAUGCUUUCAGGGAACUCGACUACGAAGUGCGUGAUAGACAUUUCUUGGAAACCGUACUCGAUAUAGAAAUGUGGUGGAAUAUGUCGCAAAAUGAGCGAUCUAUAUUCUAUAACGAUGGAAGAAAUUGUUUCGAUUCCGUUUUGUUCUACGGCAAUGAAGUGACAUUGGUGAGUUUUGAAAUGCUGCUCUUUUCAUUGGUAGAUGUUUACUGCCAUAGCUACCUCACUGCUGCUCUUACAGUUUUCAUCGUUUUUAAAGCACUACAAUUUGUUCGAUAUCGAUUUGGAAGACGUAACUUGGCAAAGAAAACCAUGAUUGAUUCCCGAUUUCUAUUUUAGCUUUACUUCUUACGAUGUUUUCUUCUAAUUUCACUAGCAUUCUAUUUUUCUUCUA